CCCUUCCUUACCAUAACCACGGCACAUCACAGCCAUCCCACUCCCUCGCUCGCUCCCUCACCUCCUCGACACUCGGUUCUGCUGCGGACUUACAAGGCGCAUUCAUCUCCCACCUCGUCGUCGCCAUCAUGCGGCAGAAUGCGUCGCUGAUCGGCCUCGUGGCCAUCCACGCCACCCUCGCCCUCGUCGCCGUUGCCGCUCGCUCUCCACCCCUGGACAGAACCAACAACAAUACCCUCAUCUUCUCGUCGCCCUUCGCUGCAGACAGGCCCAGCGACUGUCCCCCAUGCUUCAAUUGCAUGCUGCCAGCCUUCACUUGCGCCAACUCUGGAGAAUGUAGACAGCGAGAUGGCCAGUGCGACUGUCCCACGGGCUUCGGUGGACAAGACUGCCUCUCGCCCUUGUGCGACAGCCCACUCAAGGGCGAAGAGCGGUCUCCUCGCGAGGGAGACCAGUGCACUUGCGACCAAGGAUGGGAUGGACUCAAUUGCAACGUCUGCCAGACAGACGAGGCAUGCUCCGAAUUCAUCCUUGGCGGCGAGAAGCUCUUGGGCAAUGGAACCUGCUACACCGGAGGUAGCACAAUCAGACAGAGCUUCCAGCAAUGUGAUGUCACCAACAAAAAGAUUACCGGUAUGCUGCCAGGAAGAUCUCCCAAGGUCACCUUUAGCUGUGAGAAGGAUGACGCAGCCUGCAACUUCCAGUUCUGGAUCGGGCAACGUGAAAGCUUCUACUGUGACCUGACAGGAUGCAACGAAGUGCUGGAAAGGACGGCCGAGAGCAACAACACUCGCUAUGUAUGCGAAAAGACGUCCUGCUCCUGCAUUCCAGGCAGGAUGCUGUGCGGAGAAGCGGGCAGCAUCGACAUCGGCGACUUUCUCAGCGAAGAGAUCAAGGGCCCGGCUAGCAUGACCUGCAAAACCGGGGCCAAAGGAUCCCGAGACUGUAAAUUCGAAGAGCCUGCCAUGAACGACCUCAUCAGCAGCAUCUUCGGCGACAGCUCCAUCACCCUCAACUGCGCCUCUGGUGAAUGUGUCCACUAUCAGCAGGUCCCUGGAUACCAGAGCCCUGUGUCGCCACCUCACUCCAUAUUCUGGGUCGUCAUCAGUGCCAUUGGAGCAGUCGUCUUCGUGUUGCUCAUCGCAGCUAUGCUUUGGAUAUUGGGCAGACAUGCAAAGCACGAGGAGUACGGAAGCGUCAGGUUGCCAGAGGACGAGACCGCACGCCUGAUGGCUGAUCAUGUCCCGGCAGCUCUCAGCUUCAAGGACCUCACCUAUCACAUCAAUUCGAAGCCGGUCUUGUCUGGCAUCACCGGAACUGUCAACCCGGGAGAGAUCAUGGCCAUCGUUGGAUCCUCGGGAGCGGGCAAAACCACAUUCCUGGACCUUCUGGCUCGCCGUGAGAAGAGAGGUACAGUAUCGGGUACCAUCCUCGUCAACGGCCGACCUGUCACAGAUGCUGCUUUCCAAAGGAUCACGGGUUUCGUUGAUCAGGAGGAUUGUCUCAUGUCAACAUUGACAGUUUACGAGACUGUCCUCUAUUCCGCUUUGCUCAGAUUGCCCCGAGAGAUGUCCAUCGAGGCAAAACGAUUCAGGACCCUGGAGACGUUGCAAGAGCUUGGCAUUCUUGGCAUCAAGGACUCCCGAAUCGGCGACAGCGGAGCUCGCAGCAUCAGCGGUGGAGAGAAGAGGCGAGUGUCUAUUGCCUGUGAGCUAGUGACAUCUCCCUCUGUCCUCUUCCUCGACGAGGCUACUUCUGGUCUGGACUCUGCGAAUGCUCUCAACGUAGUUGAGUGUCUCGUCAACCUGGCACGCACGUACCGCCGGACCGUGGUCUUGUCACUGCACCAGCCGUCGAGCAAGAUCGUGUCUCUUCUAGACAAGCUCAUCCUGCUUGCUUCUGGAAGGCUCGUCUACUCCGGACCUUUCUCGGCUUGUGACGAGUACUUCUCUUCUAUCGGCCACGCUUGUCCCUCUGGCCACAACAUUCUCGAGUAUCUGAUUGACUUGACGGCUGCAGCCAGUAAAGGCGGCUCAACCUCGAGCAUUGCGACUCCUGCACGGACAGAGGAGGAUACCAUCGAGCAGGAGCCCACUGAAGAUCCCUCGGCCUUAGAACUCAGCACGCGCACUACUGCCUCGGGCGCUGCGACUCCCUCAGGUUCAAUUGGUCGCACUGCCGGCAAGCUGGCAGCUGGUGUCCGAAGUGCCUUUGGCAGCAGGAACGGGUUGCAAGGCCAUGGCGCUAUCCCUCGUGCUCUGGCGACGCUUGUGAAAGACUACCAGCAAAGUGAAGUUGCUUCCAAAGUCCAGGCUGAAGUUGGCGGACAGACUGCCAAUGGAGAGCGCAAUGGAGGCAGUGGCGAGACCUUGACCGAUGUCGAGGAGGCAGACGAGGUCCUACGGGGUUACCGCAAGGCCACGCUUUGGACGCAGCUUCGCAUCCUGUCUGGGCGCUCGUUCAAGAACCUCUACCGCAACCCUCAACUGAUGCUGGCGCACUACCUCCUCUCCUUUGUCCUGGGUGGUUUCGUUGGUCUACUCUUCUACGGCGUUACCAACGAUAUUGCCGGCUUCCAGAACCGCCUCGGGCUCUGCUUCUUCACACUGGCCCUCUUUGGGUUCUCAACCUUGACCAGUCUAGGGAUCUUUGCAAAUGAGAGGCAACUCUUUGUCCGCGAGAGGGCAAACGGUUACUACAGUCCCGUGACUUACUUUUUCGCAAAGCUCAUCUUCGAUUCUCUCCCCUUGCGGGUCAUUCCACCACUCCUCUUUGGUCCCACAAUCUACUUUACGGUGGGACUAGUACCACAAGUGGCCAACUUUUGGUGCUUCAUUCUCACCUUGGUCCUCUUCUCUCUAGCUGCCUCCUCCAUCGUCUUUUUCAUCUCUGUAUCCAUCAGGGAUACAGGUGUGGCCAAUUUGGUAGGAACACUCACGAUGCUCAUCUCCCUCCUCUUUGCCGGCCUAUUGAUCAACAGGGACAAGAUUCCCAUGAGCUUGCGAUGGCUACUAUACAUCUCCCCCUUUCACGCAUCCUACGAAGCACUCCUGGUCAAUGAGCUCAGGUCCCUCUCUCUCGUGGAGCGCAAGUUUGGAGUGGACUUGGAUGUACCGGCAGCUACGCUACUAUCGUCUUUUGGAUUCGAUAGUCAGGCUUAUUGGCAAGAUCAGAUUAUACUCACAGCCAUCUUCCUCAUCUCCACGGCAAUGUCCCUCUUCUGGCUCGUGUGCUACGUAAAGGAGAGGCGGUGAAGUGGGUGCGGCUGCUCAUCGCGGAAUACAUCGAUAGAACAGAAAAUCGACAACACUUUGAAACUUUCUUGUACAUUCUGAUUACGACUUCGAAAAAUUUAAUAUGGACAUUCUCACUCCCUUUUCCCAUCUGACAAUGUGGUAUACCGA